AUGCCAUCGUCUGAAAAGACGGGCGAAAGACGUCCCUCGACCUCGAAAGGAAAUCGCAUUAGCCAAUUCUUUUCUUCAAGUCCCAAGUCCAAGGACCACACCGCUGCCCAGCAGGCGCUGCUCGCCAUGCAGCAGCAGCAGCAGCAGCAGCAACCCGCUGCGUCACAACAACAGCAGACGCAGGCCAACGGUGUGCCCGCUGGCAUCUCGCCUCCCUCCACCUCUCUACCUAUAAUAUCAUUGUCCACCGCCGUUGCGGGCGACCACAGCAGCUCUGAACCACCAACCACGACCCUGUUCCGCCCCAAGUCGGCCGAGGAGAUGGAGAGAAAGCGACGUGCCGAAGCUCAGUUUGGUCCUCUCUGUCACCCAAGCCACCUCUAUGUCAGCAAGUCGCACGGCAGGCCCCUGGAGCCGCCCGUCGAGGACGAGCCUCCAUAUUACUUCCUCCUGACUACCUACGUUAGCUAUCUGCUCCUCAUUCUCGUCGGCCACAUCUGCGACUUCUUUGGCAAGAGAUUUGGCGACAAAAAGCACUAUGACUCCCUCAAGGUUCAAAAUGGAUUUGCUCCGCUCAAUGAUGACUUCGACAGUUUUUAUACCAGACGAUUAAAGAUGCGACUAGAUGAUUGCUUUGCCCGACCAACUAUUGGCGUUCCUGGAAGAUUCAUCACUCUAAUGGACCGCAAAUCCAGCGACAACAACCGCUCCUAUCAGUACACUGGCACCUACACCGAGACCCUCAACAUGAGCUCCUACAAUUACCUAGGAUUUGCCCAAUCCGAAGGACCCUGCGCCGAUGCCGUCGAGGAGUGCGUCAGGCGUUACGGCGUCACCUCGGCCAGUCCGCGUGGCGAUGCUGGCACCACUGAUUUGGCUCUCGAGGUCGAGCGAGAAGUUGCCUCUUUUGUUGGCAAGCCUGAUGCCAUGGUCUUUUCCAUGGGCUACGUGACCAAUGCCAGUUCCUUCCCAGCUUUAGCCUCAAAAGGUUGUCUCAUCAUCUCUGAUGAAUUGAACCAUGCCUCUAUCCGCAUUGGAGCCCGUCUUUCCAAUGCUGUCAUUCAGUCCUUCAAACACAAUGACAUGUAUGAUCUGGAAAGGGUUCUGCGAGAAAACAUCUCGCAGGGCCAGCCGCGUACCCACCGACCAUGGAAGAAGAUCUUGGUUGUCGUCGAAGGCUUGUACUCGAUGGAAGGCACAAUGUGUGACCUGCCGGGUAUUCUUGCGCUGAAGAAGAAGUACAAGUUUUAUCUCUUUGUCGACGAAGCCCACUCUAUCGGUGCUCUGGGACCUCGUGGUCGUGGCGUCUGUGACUACUUCGGCAUUGAACCCUCCGAGGUAGAUAUCCUGAUGGGCACCUUGACAAAAUCUUUCGGUGCAAACGGUGGCUACAUUGCAGCUGAGAAGCACAUCAUCGAUAAGCUGAGAAGCACAAACGCCUCCACUCAAUACGGCGAAUCACCCGCUCCAUGCGUCUUGAUGCAAAUUUUGGCCUCGUUGAAGCUCAUCACGGGUGAAUUGUGCCCGGGCCAAGGCGAGGAACGCUUGCAACGCAUCGCCUUCAACUCCCGUUACCUCCGUCUCGGCCUCAAGCGUCUCGGCUACAUUGUCUAUGGCCAUGAUGAUUCACCAAUCAUCCCCGUCAUGCUGUACAACCCUGGAAAGAUGCCUGCCUAUAGCCGUGAAAUGCUCAAGCGCAAGAUUUCCGUCGUUGUUGUCGGGUACCCCGCGACCCCUCUGAUCAGCUCCCGUGCCCGUUUCUGCGUAUCCGCUGCCCACAACAAGGAUGAUUUGGACAGACUUUUGGCUGCGUGCGACGAAGUUGCGGAUGUCAUCCAACUCAAGUUCUCUACUGGCGUUGCCGGCGGUCUGGAACCUCUUCCCGCAGGCGUUGACGUUGCCGCUAGUGAAGAGAAGGAAUGGAGAAGGGCUAGUGGCAUUCCCCUGACUCCUCCCAGAUGGAGUAUGGAAGAUAUUGUCCGUUACGGCGUCCGUGAUGCCAAGCGGCCCUUGCGGUAG